AUGGGUGCUGCUGUGUUUGUAUCACAGAUUGCGAGUGUAUUUGCGGUUGCAAUUAUGCUGAUUGUGAUCGUGAUCUGUGUGAUUUGUGAUACACGUUACGUUGUGGAUGCCUUCAUUGGUGAUAAUGCUGCAGAUCAUCUGGAUGACUACACACCUAGUUCGUACGACCCGUACAGCAAUGUUUCAUAUACGCGAAUCAACAAGUCCAGAAGACGCGAUGGACUAAGAUCUGAGCAAGAUCGAAUCUACAAUCGACCACCACCAGUCGUGAAGAAGAUCUUCCUAAGACCGAACCAAGAUGCCCAAUUCAAACCAAAACAAUUCAUAUGGCGUGUUUGGAGGAUUCCGCGACUGAAAAGUUUGAUUCAAGAAGCCGGCGAGUUCUUGGGUUACGACGAUGGUGUUGCAGAAUGCCUGUAUGACAUGAACGGACGAUUAAUCCAGAAUGAAAAUGAAAUUGAUAACGGACAGACAUAUAUUCUGGCUGGAAUGGAACCUCUCAACAUGAAGUAG